GUUGGUAACCCUAAUGCAUAAUAUAUGCUAUAAUACCAAGAAUGACAUAUUAUUACAACUUUUAACAUAUUUUAAUUAACUCACUAGAUGCUCGAAAGUAAACAGCACUUAACGGUCUUAAACUUGAUAUAUAUUUUAUGCAUCGUUAUCAAUACAUUCGGUCACAUGUGCAUGUACUGCGCUGUUGGCGAAAUAUUAACAGCUCAGUAUGAUAGAAUCCACUAUGCUGUAUAUUCCAAUGAAUGGUAUACCAUGAAUGGAAGAAAUAUUCGAGACCUAGUUCUUCUAAUGUUACGAACCAGUAAACCUCUUCAUCUAAACUUUGGUAAACUGUUUCCUUUAACGAUGGCUACAUUUUGCAGUCUGUUAAAAACGUCAGCAGGAUACAUAUCUGUAUUACUUACAACAAGGAGUCAAUCAAAGUUUUAAAAUAUAAAUAAUG